AUGGGUAUGGCCGCGGCAGACGAGGAGAGCAGUCGCACUGCACCUCUAGAAGUUGAUAGUCAUAGCCACCAAGAUAAUGGCAAGAAGCAAGGCUUGGACGUUGACAAAGAUGAGAUAGUGACUGAUAACACGCUCAAUGUGGACGUGCGGGGGUUGGGCCCAGACCUUAGUGAGAUUCCGAAAAUAGGCCCUACUAGCGAGCCCAAUCCAAAGGACACCUCGAGUAUCUUCUCACAGUUUACCUGGUCAUGGAUUACCCCGCUCGUGGCCAAAGGAACACAACGCCCACUCGAGUUUGAAGACUCGUGGCUAAUUCAUGAGGAUGACGAUGCUGUUAAAGUGGUAGCAGCGCUCAAGGUGUGCUGA